GGAAUUCCCUUUUGAAGACCGAUACCUAAUAUAUAUUUGUGCCCUGGUUAUUCAAAAUGUCAGCACCAAGUUCUACACCUGCUACUGAUAGCACUACCACUGUUUCUAAUACACAGAUCGUAGACCACUUUGCUCAAUCAACCAUAAUGACAAGCAGAGAAUUUCACCAAGCAGAUUCUUCCUAUUGGUUACCAAUGGACGAGAAUGAAAGACAGAGACUUACAGGGCAACAUGUUGCCAUUAAGGAAUUAUAUGAAGGAAACAUAUUAUCAAGCGUAAAGAGUAAUCUUGAUUUACAAGGUGGAAUAUCUAUUCUUGAUGUAGGCUGCGGACCAGGUGUAUGGAGUAUGGACAUGUCAUUGGACUAUCCCAACUGUACAUAUCAUGCAUGCGAUAUUGUAGACAUAACAAAUAAAAAGCUCAGAAUGAAAAACUUCACUUUCAAAAAGGGCGAUGUACUCAAAGGUCUCCCAUAUGAAGAUAAUACAUUCGAUUUUGUCCACAUGAGACUCCUGACAGGCUCUCUUUGUGUGGAUCAAUGGCCAAUUGCUAUUAAAGAACUCAUGCGUGUUACCAGACCCGGUGGUAUAGUUCAAUUAACUGAGAUUGACAAUAAGUUACCAGACCCAAAGAAUGAAGCUUACUAUAGACUUAUCAGUGCAAUUCACAAUGCCUGCAAAGCCAGAAAUCAGAACCCGCGUAUUGCAUUAGAACUAGAAAGGCUGCUAAAAGAGAGUGGCCAAUGUAAAAUAGUUCAGGCUGAAUACCGUAGUUGUAAAAUGAGUGAUAACAAUAGUAUGGCCAAAAAAUUCGUCUGGGACUGUGUAGAAGUAACAAGGUCUAUGAUACACGCAAUUGGUCCUCAUAUGGGUUUGAAUGACGAAGAAGACUGUAGACAAUAUAUUCAGGAACUUAAGCAGUGCUUGACGACCUCUGAUUGCUAUAUGUAUUACAAUGCUGUUGCUGCGCAAAAACUCUAAGCUGUUUAUUUAGAAUAUAGAUAUCUGCCAAUAUAAAAAGCAGAAACUACUAUAUAAAUCCAAUGAUAAAAUAUGAAAAAGAUAUGUUUAACAAAGACAAUAAUAUUAAUGUGUAAUAGACUUUGAUGAAGUUCCUUUAAAGAGAGAGGUAUAUUUCUUAUUUAUAUGGCAUGUCAUCUCAGGUGUCAUCCAUUAAUUCUACUGUUGUAUUAAACAAUGGAAAUGAUGCUUUCUGGUCAAAUUAUUUCCUACACAAUUUGAAUACAGCUAUUCAAUGGAACAUGGACUCUACUAUCGUGUAUAUUUUUUAUUGAAAAGUCAAAUACCAUGCUAACAAAAGAUAAACCCAUACUGAGACUACUAUAUGUUUUCAUACCUGCAAUGGUUACGCCAAUGGAGGAGUAAAGCUCUUGAGAGUAAGCUUUAAUAUAUAUUUAUAGCUAAAUAGCUGC